GUCUAGGACAAUGAAGACACGAUCCUUGAGGAACAAGACCAGGAGACUCAAUGAAGUGGAUCAUCCAGAGAGCUCCUCUGAUUUAGAUCUAUCUCCAAGUGGCUCAAUGCAGCAAAACCAUGAACAAAGAAGAGAGACAAUCAGCCAGUCAAGAUCUGCAACUCCUGAGAUGGGUAACACAGAGCUCCUGCAUACACAACCUACUGAGGAUGCUGGCAGUCAUACUCAGCAGUCAACAAGAAGGCAUGGAUCUGAAGAUGACUGUUUAACGCCUGUGCCAAGUCAAGAUGCAGACCAGUUGUUAAGUGAUGUCUCAGAUUCCCCUCUUAAUCCUGCCAUUCAACAAUCUCGUGAGGACUCUGAAGUGAAGUUUGGACCCAUUGUUGGUGAUGAUAGUGAUUCUCAAGACACCACACUUCCCUGGAAUCCACAUGACUUGAGCAGCAUGCAGCAUUCCACAUUCAAUGAUGGUCCUGUAUCAUCAAGCUGUCUUCCAGCAUCACCAGAUCCAUUUGACAAAGAAAUCCUUAUUUUGAAAUUAAGACGAGUAAACAUACUUGAUGAUGUCCUUAAUGUCUUCAUGGAUCCAAAAGUACUGAAUGCUCGUCUAAGAAUGGAGUUUACAAAUGAGAAAGCUAUGGACAGUGAUGGUGUGUCAAGAGAGGCGUACUCCGCAUUCUGGGACCACUUCUUGGACCAGUGUGAGGGGGAAGAUGAAUGAGUACCCAGGCUACGACCAGACUAUUCUGAGAAGAAAUGGCAAGCGCUCGGAAGAGAGUGGUUGAAAGGAUACCUGGACCACAAAAUCCUACCAAUCAGACUGUCACCAGCCUUUGUUCUUGCCUGUUGUAAAGGAGUUAGCUCAGUGGAUGAAGAACUAUUAAUGAUGUCAUUUGCCAGAUUUCUUUCAGAAAAUGAGCGUGUGUCGCUUGAAAAAGCACUACAGGGUACCAUUGAUGAAACUGUUGAGGAGGACUUACUUGAUGUCUUCCCCAGAAUGGACUCACACUGCCUGCCCCCUAAAAACAAUUUACGGGCUGCUAUUUUAACAAUGGCCCACAAAGCUCUUCUUCAAGAGCCAAAGUUUAUAAUUGACUGUUUCCACUCCAGUGUUCAUAAUGCUAUGCCAACGCUCAUAACCACAGACAACAUAAUGGAGAUAUAUGAAUCUAAGAGGCCAACUAACAAGAAAGUGGCCCAGAUGAUAAAACCAUCACUUGAAAGCCUAAAUCCACAAGAGCAGACUGCUCUUAACCACCUGCUACGGUAUGUGAGAAGCAUCGACCAAAGAAAAUUGGAGAUUUUCUUACGCUUCUGCACAGGAUCUACUGUGCUGUGCAAAGACACAAUUGAAGUCAUUUUUAACACAUUGUGUGGUUUAAGUCGCAGGCCUGUAGCACACACAUGUGGAGCAGUUCUUGAGUUACCAUGCACUUACAUCACAUACCCUGAGUUUCGCAAAGAAUUUGAUAAUGUCUUGUCUGGUGACGGCUUCACAAUGGAUAUUGUGUAGUGAAUGGAAAGCACAUCUAUCUUCUACACUGAGUUUUGCAUUUGUCUGAUGCAAAACUGUUUCUACAGAUUUUCAUUUAUUGUUCUUAUUAAAACAGAGACAGUUUACAUUUUU